AUGGAGCAAAAGAGUAUCAAAGAUUCAAACGUGGAUCUUCCCUGUGAAGAAAAAAGAGACCCUGCAACCACAACAUGUGCUGACUCUGGGGCUGAAAAGCAUGAAGCAGGAACAGAUGCUCCUGGUCUCGUAAAGACAACAGUGGACAUUGGACAAGCGCCAGUGUCUCGUCCUGGGAAGACUACAGAAGCAGAAUCUGGAAACCUCACAAGCAGAAAGGAUGAAACUUUACUCAAGACAACAAACACAAAUGACCCAGGAGAGCAAAACCUUCAGGAAGAAGGACAACAACAAAAAACCGAACUUGAGAGCCUUUUGGAAGAUCUGGGGUUGAAGGAGCAGUACCACAGAGAGAAGCUAUCACUCAGCAAAAUACUUCAGAUUGAUGAGAAGACAAUUACAGAUGACCCUGGAACGUGUAAAUCAAAUGUCCCAUUUUAUUUUCUUAAGAAAUUGAUGAUGGUUAAUGUGACUGCUAGGACUGUGAAAUAUGAAGCAUGUGACUCAGAGGAUGCUAAUAUUGAAACAAAAUGUGAUGAUGCAUCAGAGAAUGCAGAGUGCAGUUUUGAGGAUCUUUUUGAGAGUCCAAAUGAUGCUGAAGUCUUUAAUCCUCUUGAUAUAAUCACUGCUCUCUUUUUGUGCUCUGAUGGGUUUGUUCAGCAAGAGUUGGCACUAAAAAUGUCCAUGUGUCAGUUCUCUGUUCCUCUGCUGCUUCCUAACUGUGAUACUAAACAGAGCACCCUCAUGCUGUGGGCCAUGAGAGACAUUGUUAAGAAGUACAGAACUCCAGAUCUUUUAGUAUCAAAGGGCUUCAGAGAAGAAAGAAUCGUUCUUUCUGAGCUUCCAAUGAUCUCAUUUGUCAGACUGGGUGAGUGCUCCUUGUCCAAAUCAGAGAUUCUCAACAAACUUCUGAGUAACCCUCAGCAGUACCAUGACACCUUUGUUCACCACAACAUGGAGUGUGGAGACAGUCCAAGAAAAAUAUCUGAUGGACUGACUGAAAUUACCUGGUACCUUCCCUGUGGAAACAAAAACAUGGACAUUUUUAGUGAGCCAGUGGCUAUAGCUAACCUUCGAGGUGACAUUGCUGCACAUGAAACACAAUAUUCCUUUUUGUGUCAGACAUCUGCUGCAGUUUUUGUGUUUUUUGAUCAGCUGGAGUCUGAGUACAAACUGCUGACCAACAAAAACCACAAAGCAAAGAUCUUCUUGGUGGGAAACCAACAGAGUAAGAGCUUAACUCCAGAUGUUCUAAAGAAAAUAGCAAACAAGCUCAACUUGACGACAGACAACAUCAUUAUAAAAACAAAAAAGACCAAUGAUGCAGACUUUGUGAAACGUUUGAGGACAACUGUGAGCAGUGUACUUACCAACCCAGGGAUGAAGAUGUCAAUAGAGCAGAUGGCCGACAUUGCACAUGAACUGGGAAUUUCUGUCGAUGAAGAUUCACCAGAGUGCCAGGCUGGGAGGAAAAAUGCAGAUGCCAUCACUGCAGAGAUUAAAGACACCUUUAAAUUUAAAGAAAAACAGUUUCCUUUGCAAGGCCAGAUCUGGAAGGAAUUGACUUUCUUGGAAAAGGAAGAAUUUCGUCUUCGAAAAGUUGGCUCUGAAGACAUAGAAAUCUAUAAAAGUAAUCUUAAAAUGAAAAAGAAAGAGCUGCGUAGGAAGCAGAACUCCCAUGCCAUGUCAAAUUUCAUGAGCUGCUUCAUUAGUGCAAUAUCCAGUGAGGAAAGGGGUUAUUUUCUGAAAUGGAUGCGAAUGAACCUCGACAACAUGUCUACAAUAAAACUUUCCAGCCUCAGGGAGCUUUACAAGGAAAAAUCCAAGGACUCUAAGAACAAAAAGGAAAUCAAAGAAAUCGACAAACAACUUUCCAACAGCUCACUGGGAAUUGAGCACUUUUUCCGUGAAAUGGGUCAGAUCUACGAAGCUUCUCUUUACCUUCCAGAAACAGACCCAUCACGUCAACAACUGCAACAUCUGCCCAGACUCUGUGCUCAGUUGCUGCUGGAUGGAUUUCCUCUGGAGCUUGUAGAUGGAGAUGCUUCCAACAUACCUCUCAGAUGGGUGAGUGACGUUCUCUCUCAGCUCAAUGGCUUGGUGUCUCCAAAGAACAAGAUACUGGUUGUCACAGUUCUUGGAGUUCAGAGCACAGGAAAAUCCACUCUCCUUAACACCAUGUUUGGGGUGCAGUUUGCAGUCAGCAGUGGUCGAUGCACUCGAGGAGCCUUCAUGCUGCUCAUCAAAGUCAGUGAAGACUUCAAAAAAGAUCUGAACUGUGACUUUGUGGUGAUUAUUGACACCGAAGGCUUAAAGUCACCAGAGCUGGCACAGCUGGAUAACAGCCAUGAACAUGACAAUGAGCUGGCAACACUGGUUGUUGGGCUGAGUGACGUCACCAUUAUCAAUAUUGCAAUGGAGAAUUCAACAGAAAUGAAAGACAUCCUGCAGAUAGUGGUGCAUGCUUUCCUCAGGAUGAAGGAGGUCGGCAAAAAGCCUAAAUGUCAGUUUGUUCACCAGAACGUUUCUGAUGUUUCAGCCCAUGAGAAUAACCUACGAGACAGGAAGCUGCUCCUAGAACAGCUGAAUGAGAUGACCCAGGCAGCAGCUAAAAUGGAAAAGAAAGAGGAGAACAAGAACUUCACUGAUGUGAUGGAGUACAAUCCAGAUACUGGGAACUGCUACGUUCCUGGACUCUGGAAUGGAAACCCACCAAUGGCACCAGUCAAUGUGGGAUACAGUGAGACCGUCUAUGAGCUCAAGAAAAACAUCAUCCAACUGCUGGGAAAGUGUGAGUCAACUUCUAACAACAUCUUGGAGUUCAGAGAGUGGAUAAACAGCCUAUGGACUGCAGUAAAACAUGAAAACUUCAUCUUCAGCUUCAGAAACAGCCUGGUAGCCGAUGCAUACAUGAUGCUCUGCACAGAGUACAACAAAUGGGAGUGGAAAUUAAAAAAAGAAAUGUACACCUGGGUUACAGAUGCAGAGACAAGAAUUUCUAAUUUUGGGACAGUUGCUGCAAAAACUGAAAUAUCUGACCUGAGAGAAUACAUCACUGUGUUGAAAAGUGAAGCAACUACAGAGCUGACCAAGUGGGAGACAAUGAUGCUUGACAAUCUGAAAAAAUACUUUGAGCAGGCAGAAGGUCAUGUUUAUCUGGUUGAAGGAUACAGAGAGGAUUUCUCAAACAGCAUAAAGAGUCUGAGACGAAAAACUGAGAGAUCAGUGUUUGACCAGAUCACAGCAGCAGCUGACAUCAAACAGGGACUGGAAGAACUCGACAAAAUCAGAGCCUCUUAUACAGAAGAAAUUGAAAAAGCAGUUUGUGCUUUGAUUGAUGAAUGCCGUAAGAAAAAAGUAAAAAUGACAGAUAGUGAGCUUGAUGAAAGUUUCAAUAAAAUGUGGACUGAAACACUGAAUGCCUUUUCUUUGUCUGCACAGCAGACUUCAAAUAUCUUCACCAGUGUUUCUCAUCAGUUGCGAACAAAUCUUUCACGCAAGGGAAGCCAUGCAUGUAAACUGCUGAGUGAAAGAAGACUCCAAGUCUGUGGACUGGAGCCUUUUAAAUACAAACCCAAAGGAAAUACAGAAAAAAUCACAGAAAAACUAAAAGGAAUGUUUUCCUGGACAGGUCUUGUAAAGGCAAAACAAGAAAUAGCCGAAAGCAUCAUAUCUGCUUGCAAUGAUUGUGUCAGUGAUAAAAUCAAGAGAAAAACUAACUAUCACGAUACUUACAUCCAGGAGAUCCUUCACAUCAUUGAUGAGAGGCUGAACAACACUGAUGUUGACACGGACAUCGAGUUAGAAGUGUCUCUGAAACAGCACAUCUGUGGCUCUGCAGCCAGGAAGUUUCAGAAAAUGCAUGAAGAUUUUAUACAAGAAAAUGAUCCUUACAGACGUCUGGAGAAAAACAAAGACAAAUUUUGUGCAGAUUUCAAAGAUGUGUUCAAUAAGCGAGACCAAUGCCAGAAGAAAGCUGAAGAAUUCACCAACCAGUGUCUGAAACCUGCUGUGGAGGACUUUGUCUAUCGUUCUCUUGGUCUUGAUAUUGUUGAUAAAAUGCUGACAAGAGAGGAGUUCAGCACACGGAUGUCCUUCCAGUGUUAUAUUUUACUGGAUCUGAUUUCAAAAAGUGACUUUGACAUCUUUCAGAGAUAUAUCUGCUCAUAUGAAAGUUAUGUAAAAUCAUGGAUAUCUGAUAGAAUUAAGGAAACUUUCUCCUCUGAGUCAGCAUUAUGUGAGUUUGAGGACAGACAUCUUCAGUCCUGCAUUAACCGCAUAAAUGCUGCCAUUAAAAAUGCAAAAGCAGAAAAGACUGACAGUCUGAAGACAUUUGCAGAAAAUAUCUGUAAAGAACUUGGUGAUAAACUGGUAAUUUCUCAGGAUGCUCUCAAUGCUUUCAUGGUUCUGAACAAAGCUGACCAAGACCGGUUUGCCGACUGCCUCAACAAAUGUGUGAUGGAAAUGGCAGAAGCUCUUAGAAAGAAGUUUAAAGACAUUACAUUUGAAGAAAAACUCACACAUCUCCGUGUAAAACCACAGAAUGAGCUGUUCAACAGAGUUGUUGGUUGUGGCAAGCAGUGUCCGUUCUGCAAAAUACCCUGUGAUGCAGGAGGAGAAGACCACAAGGAACACUUUGCUGCCUUGCAUCGUCCAAAGGGUUUAGGUAUGUACAGGUGGGAUGGCUCAAAUAAACUCACUACUGACCUCUGCUCUUCUGCUGUUAUCAGUGACACAUGUUUUAGCUGCAGUGCUACAAACAGUAAAUGGCAUCCUUACAAAGAUUACAGGAAAAUUUAUCCAGACUGGAAAAUUCAACCAGAUGUGAGCCUUGAGGCAUCAGAUUACUGGAAAUAUGUGAUGAAGAAGUACAACAAAGAAUUUGCAAAAGCAUAUAAUGCUCUGCCUGCUGACAUUCCAGCUGUCUGGGAGAGUAUCACAGAGGAACAGGCAAAGGAAAGUCUCAAGAAGUCAUUCUACAUCAAGUGAAAUAAUAACUCAUGUCUAGUUGAAAGAACACAGCUUCUUACGUGUUUUUUUUAUCCUUUUUCCCUUAAAAGCCUACCUAAUUUACAAGUAGAGUUUAUCUCUUUCCCUAAAGACAAAUUAAGCUGCUAAAGCCUUUUUUGGUGUAGGUCCUUAAUUUACCAGUUAUCAUUUAUUUUUUGCCUUUUAUGAUUCUAUUCUUUGAUAAAAUUUUGUCAACAAAGUAUUUGUUGAGAAAAUAUUUACACUCUUGUUGAAAAAGUCUGAAUGUGCUUCUAAAUUGGACAGAUAAUUAAAUGUUGAGUAAAUAUUUUGGGUGUUCCAUUAUAUUAUGGUUAAAUUUAACGAGUUGUUGCAAUCACCUCUAGCGCUACGUUGACGUUCAACAGGGUUGAUUGCUUCACAAUCAGCAACUCAUGCACUAAGUUUCUAUCUAAGUUUCCUUAGAUAGAAACUUAGUGCAUGAGUUGCUGAUUGUGAAGCAAUCAGCAACUCAUGCACUCCUCUAAGUUUCCUUAGAUAGAAAACAUUUUACCAACUGAACCUAAUUGUUUUGAUUUACAAGUUGUCAUGGUUUAGGUUUUGUCUGGUUUCUUUUCUUGUCAUUUUUGCAGUUCACUCAGCUCACCCUCCUUUAGCAAUUAGUCCCACCUGUCGGGACACUAAUUAGUCUUUAUUCUCGUCACCUGUCAGGCUCCCUUUAUAAGCUCACCUUGUUUGUUUGUUGCUGGCUUGUUGUGUUUGUUCCUGACCAUCAUGCCUGUCUGCUCCUGUUGCACCGCCUUGGUGCCUCGUCAGGUUUGGUUUUUGUUUGGCUGCGCUGCUAAUUUUUGGUCACUUCGUCUUGGUCUCGUUCCUCGUUCCGCAGCAGCCCAGCUCCACUUUGGCUUUGGAUUAUUGCUCAUGUUUUUUGGACUCUGUACCUGCCAGCCAGCUCCUGCAUCCACAACAAAAUCGUGACACAAGUAUGAUCAAAUUAGAAUCUGUAUAUAUAUAUAUAUAUAU